CCUUCAACGAAGGAAACAUCAUAUAGCAAAGAACAGAUUGAUAGAGCAAUUUUUUUGUAUCGAUGAUUUUAGCCGGCGUUGGUGUGGUUAGCAUAAUUAUUAUUUCUUCCAUUGUGUGGCCUCCGCAAGUAAGCAUCUACGCCUUCACACUUUCAUCCAGACUCGCCACCUCCGGCAGCAACAGCACCGCAGCGGAACCUCCGCCGCUCGCCGCCAACUGCACCAUAGCUUUUGCUUUCGCCAACAACAGGCAAGUGUUCGGUUCUGAUAAUUCUGGAGUACUAUAUGAGUACGACGAGAUCGAGGUAUCGGUGGCAUGGGACGGCCGGAACGAGACGCUAAUGCGAGCCAACCUCGGAACCUUCUUGCAGGAUAGCCUUCAGCAAAAGCCGGUGUUGCGGGCCGUUACUGAUAUAUUCGUGCUGCCGGAUUUGCAAUGGGCGGAGGAUUAUACUUUCACCGUCAAUGUGAAAGCUAGGGUUAGGGCAGAAGUCAGGACAGAACACGAGACUGCGUUUUACACGAAGGCAACUUGUGAUGAAGUAAAGAUUGGGAUUGCAAAGACGCAAAGCGCUGACAUGGUUGGGGUCAUGUUGAAUGGACCGCAGAGGUGUUGGGUUGCGAAAUUGAAGUCUGGCUUUUAUUUUUGAUUACCUGUUACGUUUUAUUACUUCCUCCGUUCCUAAAUAAACUUCCAACUUUCCUUUUUCAUCCGUUCCAAUUAAAACUUCCACUUUCCCCUUUUAGUAAAAAAUUUGUGGUUCACAACAUUUCUUACACAUUUCUCUCUCCUCUGCACAACUCUCCACCACACAAUACCCACUAUCUUAAAAUCUGUGCCAAACCUAUUUGGAAGUUUUAAUAGGAACGGAGGUAGUACUAGUUUCAUUUAAUUUGAAUAGAAUUAAAGCAUCUUCAAUGUUACAAUGUGGA